GCGAGGGUAGAGGUAGUAACGGACAGAGCAAGUGCCAUCAUUUAGCUUGGGCUUUGUCCGUGUCGUCUCGCGACGUUCGCUUCAUUUGACCGGGUAACGACAACGACCCACUCGAGCUCUUUCGCUUCAGUGUACAAAACGCGAAUGGCAGACUACGACCGAGAAGGACGACCAUUUCCAUACACCCGGUCCAAGACACGAUGGCGCAAGCGUCCGAGUGACGAGCUCAAGUACCUGAAAGCGCAAGUGGUCGAGCUGGAGAAGUUACUCGCAGCUCUAAGCCACUCCGACUCCCGUCCAAGACUACUGAACAGCGGAGAGCCAAGUGACAACCAAGCGGAAAUGCUUCGAAAACUCCAUCGAGAAAGUCAAGUGAACAAGUUAAAAGCCGCAAUGAAAGAGAACCAGUACCUUCGAGCAAUGCUCGUCCGUAAAUUCCACUUGGCUCGAUCUCUCCAGUCCGCCAUCAACGAGCAGAUUCGCUUGGGUGUUCGGAAGAUACCGUGGCCAACCCGUGAUGGCGCAUCAAAUGAGCUGGUCUUUGCCUUGUUGGAUGAGGAGAAAGAGCGUCAAUUCGCUGUACUUGACGAAGUUUUGGAACAAAGCGGGAUGGCACGAAUUUAUCACCCGUCGUACUCGAGACUUCUACUUCAUCAAAGCGGUAAAACAGUGUCGUUCCAGCAUAACGAGGUGCGUAUGCUUCCGUUUGCCGUGUCGGAUGUGGCGCAGUCAUUGCGCUACGCCUUGAGUUUCGGAGCGCGAGUCGGGCCAACCAAGCACUGCCGCGACAUCCGCAUGUAUGAUAACUACUUCCACGCGGUCACUGCAGACAGCGUUAAGCUUCCAAACGCUCAAUCUGCUGAGGUGAACUCCAGAGUACUUCAGUUGUGCGUGGUUCAGCCAGAACGCACUGUGGUGACCUGGUCGGGCUACGUCGAGUACAAUGGCGCAAAGUUCGUUCGCCUACUUGAGAAAACGUGGAUCGUCCUAGAACCUGUUCCGAUGGACACACUCGGGAUGCCCGCAAUGGGAGGUAGGACCGACGGAACGUUGAUGCGGGUGGUUGUUCGCUUGACUCCUGUCGAGACUGAAUUGGAUCCACAGAAACCAGAGGAUAUUGAGGAGAUGACAAAUGUCGUCGUUGGCACGUAUCAACGCCACGGACAGCGAAUGUACCAGGCGAUGCUCGAGCAGUUGAGCGAUUGCAUGCGUGUUUGA